AUGGCUGGUACUGAUGACGAGCCAGGUACUUCAAAGCCGGAAAAACCGCAGCUUUUUACUACCAACGUCUCAUCACUUUUUGCCCUUAAGGCUGAACUUUAUAGGAAAAAGCAGGAAAGUCGCUUAAAAAGUGCUACUGCUGUAAAACCGAAAAAGAAUGGACUGCUUUUAAGUAAGGAGGAAGAAAGAAAGCGUUUGGAACUUAGCAAAAAGAGACAAGAAAAAAUUGCUAGGUUGGAAAGAGAAAUCAAAGAGGAAGAAGAGGCAGAAAGAAGAAGAAAGAAAAUUCUUGAAGAAAAGACUGAGGCUUAUCAGCGCAUGAGUAAUGGUCAGCUUCUUGCAACUGAAGAUGGAGAGCCGGUUGAGUUUUUGGUUGACUUCGGUGCGAAACAAAGACAAGAAGAAGAGAAGAGACUGGCUGAAAUGGAACAGGAAAGAGCAGAUGCUGAGAAAAAUGAAUAUGUUCACUUUGUUCCUAAUGAGGAACAAAGAGUGUACGGUGUUUCUCACGUUACCUUUUCCCAGAGCGAAACAAAACGACGAGAGCAGAUAAAGCAGUUGCUGGACUUGACAAAGAAAACCGAUAUGGAACGCCAGAAACAAAAAGAAGUACUUCAGAAGAGAGAGGCCGAAAAAUUAGAGCGAUUGAAUCGGAUUCGAAAAAGAAAAGGGUUACCAGAAAUUGUUCCAGAGCCUGAAACAGAAGAGCAAGUGGAGUAUCUAGAUAUCCCAUUGCCGUCAGGGUCACCGGAAAGUUGGGAACAGAAAAAACGAAAAUUGGGAGUAAGAGAAUGGGAUCGAGGGAAAGUUGGUUACAUGCGUUGGAUAGAAGCACAGCGAGAGGAAAGGAACGAAGAAUUCCAACCUCCUUCAAGUUAUUAUAAGUAA